AUGAAAGACAACGACACCAUUACCGUCGAUAACCCAGACCUCCUCCGCCAGUCUUUCUUGUAUCCUUUUCUUCGCCUUGUUUUUUCUAUCUAUCUAUCUAUCUAUCUAUCUAUCUAUCUAUCUAUUCAUCUAUCUAUCUCUCUCUCUCUAUAUAUAUAUAUAUAUAUAUUUAAAACCUUCUUUCUUUCUUUCUUUCUUUCUUUCUUCUAUUGCUUUAUUUUCUUUCUUUCACCCGCUCGCCUUCUUUCUUUCUUUCUUCCUUGGUUUCUUCCCUUACUUUUCCGUUUUCUUUCUAUCGCCCACUCUCCUUUCUUUCUUUCUUUCCUUCUUUCUUUCUUUCUUUCUUUCUUUCUUUCUUUUAUCGCUUUCUUAUUUUCUUUUGCUCAGACUCUCUCUCUUUCUCUCUCUCUCUCUUUCUUUCUUUCUUUCUUUCUUUCGUCACUUUCACAUAUUCUUUCUCUCACACUCUUGCCUUCUUUCUUUCUUUCCAAUUUCCUUUCUCUCACUUUCUAG